AUGCACAGACUCUUCCCUGGGUUUGCACCCUCUGUCAUCGCGUCUAAAGCAUUCAAAGCGAGAACCGAGGUAAUUGAAGCCUUGGAAGCGUACAUCAAGCGUGAGGAUGAUUUUGGCGCCGAAGUUCCUCAAUUCACCAAGGACAGAUUCGGUGCAGAACAAAAGUUCGGAAUGUCGAUCCACAACAGCGCAAAGAUUGAGAUUCUCCUAGCCACCGCUCUCGCCAACAUCUCCACGCUCGUCUUCUGGCUUCUUUCGAAUAUUUACAGCCAGCCAGACCUAUUGGCCAGUAUUCGGACCGAGCUUCUCAAUGCCGCGGUUACCGAGAAGCGAACUGAUCAAGACCACGUCGAGAUGACACUUCACCUGGAGAAAAUCAAAGAGCACUGUCCACUACUCCUGUCUUCUGCGCAAGAGACGGAACGACACAAUAUUGUUGAUAACAUCACACGAACGGUAAUGAAAGACACGACAAUAUCGGACGGCGGCCGCUCGUACCUCCUCAAGAAAGGGAACAACGUCCAGAUGCCGCUUAGCAUACUACAUAGCGAUGAAAAAGUAUGGGGCGCCAACCCUGAAAGCUGGCAGGGUAACAGGUUUCUGGAACUGGGUUACAAUGCAUCAUCGCCGCCUGGGUUCCUUCCUUUUGGAGGAGGCAAACAUGUCUGGUACGUGAAUUGA